AUGACAGAGUUCGGGGACAAGUCCAUGGGCGCCCUCGUGUGGGUGCCGCAUGCCGUCGAGGUAUGGAAGAAAGCACAGAUCAUUCAGAAGUUGUCCGAGACACAAGUGGAAGUGCGCUUUGUGUCUGACGGCGUCGAGUAUGACCCUGAGGACGGCAAGAUCAAGACGUAUGACGUGCGGGAAAUCGCCAAGUUGGCCGGCGAAGUGUCAUCGAAUGCGAUGCCGAUCUGCAACACGUUCGACAAGCUCGGCGUCGAGGACAUGUGCACACUCAACCAUCUGCACGAGCCCGCGGUGCUCAAGAACUUGCAGCUUCGCCACGCUCAGUUUGUGCCGUACACGUACACGGGCCAGAUCUGCAUUGCCGUGAACCCGUACAAGUGGCUCGACUUGUACAGCAAAGACCUGUACUUCGACUACUUGAACCUGCCGCGCAACGACUUGGCACCACAUCCGUUUGCACUGUCGUCAAGUGCGUACAUUGACAUGAACAAGCUCGGGAUCGAGCAGAGCAUUUUGGUGAGUGGCGAGUCGGGGGCUGGCAAGACGGAGACGGUGAAGAUCAUGAUGAACCACUUGGCGUCCAUCUCUGGCGGCGGGGCCCACGGGUCGUUGGUGAUCGACCAAGUGCUCAAGUCGAAUCCGCUGCUGGAAGCGUUCGGAAACGCCAAGACCAAGCGAAACGACAACAGCAGUCGGUUCGGCAAGUUCGCCCAGCUCCAGUUCAACGCCGAGGGGCUGCUCGUGGGCGCCCGAUGCGAAACGUACUUGCUCGAGAAGAGCCGCGUGGUGGGCCAGGCUGUGGGGGAGCGCAACUACCAUGAUUGA